AUGUCUGCCAAAGAAGAACCAGGAGUACCAAAGCAAGAGGGAGAGAAGAAGGAAGGUGGUGUUGCUGAUGAGCAAAUCAAUCUUAGAGUUCAAGCUUCUGAUCAAACAGAAGUAUUUUUCAAAAUCAAGAAAGUUACAGCCCUCAAGAAGUUGAUGGAUGCCUACUGUCAAAGACAAAGUAUCAAUCCAAAUUCAAUUAGAUUCCUUUAUGAUGGUCAAAGAUUACAACAAGAGAGAACACCAAAAGAUUAUAAUAUGGAAAACAAUGAUAUCAUCGACGUCGUAAUCGAACAAGUCGGUGGAUGUUAA